GGCCAUAUUCCCUAUUUCCCUCUCGUGACUCGUUCUCGUUCCGCAGGAGGUAGGAAAGGUGGUGCGCGGUUCCGGCGGUGACCGAAUUUUUCCCAGGGAGGCGAUGCUCGCGGCGCGCGCGUGCGUUUCGUAACGGUCGUCGUGCAACGGCGUAGUGCCUCUGGGAGUUCAGGACGGCUAAUCAUGCCCAAGGAAGGCGGCGAUCCGGCCGGCAGGCGGCCGUCGUCGCGCAACGCGAAGCCCUACGACGCGAACAACUCAUUUGUGAGAAAAGUAGCAACCAAGGUGACAGAUUUUAUACCACAAUCAUCGUGGAUCAGUAAGUGGUUCAAUACCUCUCAAGAUAAUGAGGGUACGUUAGAAGGUAGAGGGAAUAGUGAGGAAACGGAACUCGAGGAUGAUGUGCAGCAGCCUCCAAUUAAGCGAGCGCGCAUUCGUAUGGAUGUGACUCAUCCACCUGGCACGUUUUCUAUAAAAACGAGAGUUAAAACCACAUUGAAUACGGUUAAGCCCUCUAAAGAGCAGUAUCCCGUUCAUAGUGAAAUGACGGAAGAUUUUCUGGAACCUGCAACAGCUGGACCAAGCGGAAUAGGCCGUUUAAUAUCUUCGACUCCUGCAGUAUCAGCAGACAUUAGGACUGUAACGUCUCACAGGUCUGACUUAAAUUCGUUAGCUUCGUCGACUAAUAAUGGAAUAGCAAAUGGGAUGGAUGAUAAUUCGGAGUCCAGUGAAAGUACCAGUGGAUGCAGUUCGCUUAUUCCACAGAUAAAUAGGCACGAAGGCCCAUCAAACUUGUUGUAUAAUUCGACGUUUACCAGUAGAAAGAGACAUGUUGAUGAUAAAUUGACAUUUACUAAUCAUUUACAAUCCCCAAGGUCCUUGUUUCUAGACAGUAAUUCUCGCGAUACUUUAAGCAGUCGUAGACCGAGUUUUAACGCAUCAAUUAUAACAAACACUGCAGAUCGUGCAUCUUCGCUAUCCUCUCCUUUUUAUAGUGGUAAUAUUACUUUUGGAGGUGCAAAUGCAGCAAGUCUUUAUAAACGAAGUCGUAAUAUUUUUAACAAUUCAAACGAGAUACAACUUAAAGUACCAAGGAGGACAAAUGUUGAAGUUCAACCUUCUGAUAUGGAAGUUGAUUCAUCGGGGAUGAGUCAGACCGCCAAAAAGAUAUUGGAAGCAUUAGAACAUUUCUCGUCACCUAUAUCCGACGCGAAGAAAAUUCCGUUGAAAAACACGAAUAACGCUGUGUCUACGGUAAUGAACAGGAAGAGAGCGCGAGAAGAGGUGGCAAGUCCAACCGCUAGAAUUGGUUUGCGCCAUUUGACGCGUGAAUUAACAGUACCAACCGUCCCCGAUAUAUUGAAGUUAAGACGAAGACAAAAAUUACAAGAUACAACUCUUAUGGCUAGAAAAAUCGUUUCCGCUCGUAGCGAUCCACCGCCUUCUCGACAGGAGUACCAGUUGAGAGCGGAGGAUGCCGAUAGUGAAAAGUAUCGCGGCAAGUUAAAGGGCAAAUCUAAAGUAAAUCUAGAACAACAAGAAACGGUAGCGCCUGUAAAUUUGCCGAACAUACCUCUGCCAAUUACAACAUUACCCAAUUUCAAUUUUACCCUACCACUUCCUCCUUCAUAUUCCGCAGGCAAAACUGUGGCAAAUAAGGAAAAUACUUUUACAUUUGCUAGCCCUAUUAAGGUGACAGAAGCUGAGAAGAGUUUGCAGUCUGUCGACAAUUUCACUUUUAGUAAUCCGAUCAUCGCUGAAGACGGCGCGAAUAAUACGACUGAUCCGAAUUCACGUUCAACUACAGAGAACGAAUUUACUGUUGAUUACGCGAUCACAUCUAUACCGAAUUCAUUUCCCAAUUUUAUUUGGGCUGGCUCAUCUACAGCACCCAGAUUAAAAACGAAGGUAAAGAACGGCAAGAAUGAUUCCGUCGGAUCUGCGGUGUCGAAGGAACUGAAAUCUGGAAGUGUUUUGGAAGCAUUGGUCCAAAAAUCUAACAAAAUCGUAUCUAAUUUAAUCGGACAGGUAAGCCCGGGAUUGGCUUCUGAAACGACACACACUGACAAGACUGCUAGUACAUCCGUCGGCUCGGAUUCUGAUGUUGCAAACACGUAUGGUACAGAGUCGUCUUGGGAGUGUAGUGAAUGUAUGAUCAGGAACAACAGUACGGAUAAACAGUGCACUGCGUGUAAGACUUCUCGGUCCAAUCCUAAUGAGAAAACUUCGUUGCCCUCAACGUCAACAACAGAUACGACAGUCGUGGAACCAAAGCCAGUCGCACAGGAUUGCUUCGGUUCUCAAUUUAAACUAUCUACGAAUCAAUGGGAAUGUGCAGCUUGCUGUGUAAGAAACAAGCAGAGUGAUGCCACAUGUGUAGCGUGCGCUACACCAAAACCGGGAAGUAGUUCGACGAUUCAAAAAACUGUUAAAUCUCAAAAUUCUGAUUUAAUGGAGAAGUUUAAACCUGCCGAAGGAUCGUGGCAAUGCUCCGGUUGCUUACUCAGAAACUCCGCGAACGUUAUUACGUGUGUUUGUUGCAAUACAUCUAAACCUAUGACCUCUGUAAAAACAAAAUCGAAGAAGACGGAUAAUGUUACGGAGUCGUCUGCGCAAAAGUUAAAUACUAGUACAGAAGUCACGGCAACGCAGAAAACGUCUAAUAAUUCUGAAAUAAUGAGCAAAUUUAAACCAAGCAAAGAUUCCUGGGAAUGUCCAGGAUGUUUUGUUAGAAAUAACAAUUCCGUUACCACCUGCCCUUGCUGCAGCACUUCUAAACCUAAUUCCACUGGUGGGCCGAGCAAAGCGGAACAGACAUCGAGUAAUGGGUUCGGAGACAAAUUUAAAAAACCAGAGGGUGCGUGGACUUGCGAUUCUUGCUUGGUACAAAAUGACGCUAAGCAUACGGAAUGUGUGGCUUGUCAAGCUUCAAAGCCUGGUACUGUAAAAUCAAACGAAUCUUCAUCGAACACUAACUCUACUUUGCAAUUUAAAUUUGGCGUAUCAUCUACCCAACCGGGUGGAUUUAAGUUUGGUCUGAAUAAGGUCGACGAUCAAUCUAAACCCGAUGCAUCUCCUCUAAAUGGAUUCAAAUUUGGUAAUCCACAACAGAAUAGUGGCAUGACACAAUUUACGUUUGGUAUUCCAAAGGAACAGAACAAAGCUGUAAGUGAAGCAUCUAAAACCAAUAGUGUCACAACGUCUUCUAGUAGUACAGGAUUUCUAUUCAAUGUAAAAAGUCCUGAAAAACCCGAAUCUACCAGUCAGAAUCAGGAAACCAAACAGGAAACACUUUUCGGUACGCCGAAAAGUGAUGGUUCAACAGCAGCAAGUGAAAAACAGAAUACAAGCAUUAUGUCCAGCGCUCCAUCGACCGCUUCUCCUUUCACCUUUGGUGUACAGAAACCAGAAUUUACUCAGCCUGCUUCAAAUAAGGAAACGCAAAAGACUUCCUUUGUAACCAAUGUGACAGAAAGUUCCAAGCCAGCAGCAGCAACAACUGAUGCAGCACCAGUCAGCACUAAUCCAAUGUUAUCGUCGUUACUGACCCAAAAAAAUAUUACGAAGAGUAUAUUAAACGCAAAACCGGAGUCGACGUUUUCAUUCGGGGUACCAAGCGGUAUAAGCGCUGCCACUACAACUUCCACGAAUGCAACGACUACUUGUCUUCCAACUUUUGCUCAACCUACUUUCACAUUUUCCGACACAAAGACGUCAUCUCAGUUAGCUACAAUACCGUCUUUCGGUCAGGUUCCGAUGUCGUCUGCCGCGUGCGUAUUAUCCACGAGCGGAGGAAGCAAGACAACCGAGACUACUCCGUCAACCAAAGCCGUGAAUAAUACACCGGUCGCUCCGCUCUUCCCGAUCGUCUCGAGUGCCACACCGCUAUUCAACGAGUCGAAGACGACGAUAGCAUUCGGCACGGACAAACCGUCGUCGUUCGCCGCAACGGGCAGCAAGCUGCCAGUUUUGCCAGGAUUUUCCAUGCUCGAGAACAAAAUUCCAACGUUCGGCGGUAAUACCGAGAGUAAACCAGCGAUUUUCGGUACGUCGGAAACGAAGUUGCCCGUAUUCAAUUCACCACCGCCCACGGCAACUCCUCUACCAACGUUCGACACACUGUCCAACAAGACUACUUCGUCGCCCUUCGGAUCAUCUAAUGCCUCGGCUUUUGGAAACACUACCACACCCGCUUUCGGAGGUGUUACGGCAACACCUACUAUAUUCUCAACCACGAAGCCAGUCGAGACUAAUGCGCCGAACUCGUCUUUGUUCACGUUUGGUUCGGCUUCGUCGCAACAAUCGGCAAGCAGCGGAUUUAACUUCUCUACGAAUGUUAAUCCACCACCGUCCGCGUCGUCUGCGAAGCCGCUCUUCACGUUUGGUAGCAGUUCGAGUACGCCGUCGAAUGUAUGCAGUAACAAUACAUUCGGUGGCGGUACAUUUGGAGCUAACUCUGCUCCAACGAACACUGCCAAUUUCACGUUCAAUCCACCUAAACAAGAAACACCGGCGGCGUUCGGUCAAGGUGCAGUGGCAACUCCGAUAUUCGGUGCCCCACAGACAAAUCCGCAGACUCAAGUAACGUCAUCGUUUUCGUCUACACCUUCGUCCAGUACAGGAUUCAACUUUGGAUCCACAGCUCCGGUUGCUGCGACAUCAGGAAGUUUCAACUUUGGAGGAAUGCCAUCUACAUCGGCGACACCCGGAGCAUUCAAUUUUAAUUCUCCUGCUUCUGCUCCCGCUUUCGAUCCUAAUAGUCGGCCUUUGUACAACUUCACCAAAGGAAGUGCACCACCAAUAUUUACUGCUCCACCUCAAUCGGCGGCCCCAGCACCACGGAAAAUCAAAAAAGCAUUUCGAAGAUGCGUGCGUUAGAGAGCAUAUGACAACACGGUUCACGCAUACACUCAGGUGCGUCCCUACAUCUAUCUGUGUAUCUGAGUGUGUCUACGUUAAACGUUAUAUAAAAUGAUGUAAAAUGAAAUUCUGUCAUACAUCAAUCAAUUGCAAUGUGGUGGUAUAUACCAAGCAUCUUUGUAAUAUAGUAACCUGAAGCUGACCGAA